GUCACGUACUACAACUUUAAACCUUUGCUCCCGACUCCCAACUUGGGACUGACUGCCAGUUAUUACUCGAAGAAUAUGACAUCAAACUCAGAAGAGCCCUCGUUCGUUUCUUUCAUUCUGAAACCAGGUUCAUCCCUCCAUCCAACAUUUCUUUUCGCUGUCGAUGUUGCCUUUGCACUGUUGUUCUUCGUCUUCCUUUGGUCAGCGUACCUAACGAAAGGCAAUACGCACUUCUUCGUUUUGAUGGGUAUCCAACUCGCUCUGUGGGCGAGCGUAAAAUGGUUCGUGCAAGAGCUUAAAAAAGUUCCUCCUGCGAAUGAGACGACCAAUAUGGAGACGAGUACAGACAAAAAAGAACAAUGAUUUAUGGUAUACAUAACGCAGAGCGAAUCUUAGAACUCUUCACCGACGUGCCUUAUCAUUUCCUUCAUGCCAUCGUUUCAUUCGUUUUGCGCUUUCUUGAGCCAGCGCAAACACUACAGAGUACAGACUGCCCUUCUCUGAAUGACUGUGCGGUAUCGGUAGAAGGUCCGCCUCCUCCUGCAGGCC